AUGGCAUCACCUAGCUGCAGCAGCAGCAGCAGCAUACCACCAGCAGCAGCUGUUGCUGUUUACCAGCUCCCAGCAGCAGCAGCGGAGAGGGCUGCAGCUGCAGCAGCAGCAGCAGCAACAGCAACAGCUGCUGCUGUUGCAGCAGAAGCUGCUGUAGCAAGAGAAGGACCAUCAGUAUCUUUUGCCGCAAAGACAAUAGCAGCAGUAGCAGCAGCAGAAGCAGCAGUUGCUGCUGCUGCUGCUGCUGCUGCUGCAGCAGCAGCAGAAACAGGAGACGACUGUCUGUCGGAUGCGAUCUUCUUUCCCUCCCCAUCAGCUGCAGCAGCGGCUGCAGUCCUUCUUGGGGGCCCCCAAGGUGGGGGCCCCCCUUGGGGCCCCCCAGGGGACCCGUCAAGGGACCCACCUGCCGCGGCCCCUAGGGGCCCCCAGCGGGCUUGCUUUCCUGUCAUAUAA